AUGUCGGCACCGAUACCCAGGAAGCAUGCCUUGCUCAUUGGUAUUGACUAUUACAAUGACCCCAACAAGGCCACCACGACGAGAAGAUACGACGACAGCGGAGACGAGAUGGUGCAUCAAGAUCUCAAAGGCUGUGUCAACGACAUACUGGCUAUAGAGAAGUACCUCGUCGACGAAUUGGAGGUCGAGGCACCAAACAUCACCAAGCUCCUUGCGCCGCUCCCAGGAAACCCCGAACACGCAGGGCUUCUCGCGCAUGAGCCGACGCAAGCCAACAUCGUGCAGCACCUCACCAAGCUCUGUACACCGACAGUCGCAGAUCCCGGCGACGUGGUUUACAUCCACUACUCGGGGCACGGCGCCGUUGCAAAGACGGUGUUCCCAACCCUCAAGCAGGCAAAAGAGAAGAACGGGUCGAUCGAGGAUGAGGUGCUGGUACCUGUCGACGUCUUCCGCGGGGGGAACUACAUAAGAGACCUCGAAUUCGGACUUCUGCUUCAGAAACUCGUCGACUACGGCCUCAUCUUGACCGUCGUCCUCGACUGCUGUCACUCUGGAGGAGCGGUUCGCGGUGAUCAAGGCUUGGUCCGCGGCACUGCCAAGGUGUACGAGUCUGAUGCCAAAAAAGACAUUCCCGCAUCAAUCAGCGAGAUUACACAGAGGGCCUCGGUGUCCAGGCAUUGGCUAGAAGGGCUCGAAGGCUGCGUCGUCGUGGCUGCGUGCCAGGACUCGGAGUUGGCUCAUGAGACAACGUGGAAGGGCAAACCCUCCGGCGCGCUUCGAGCUGCCUGA